AUGUUUGGUAUUUGAUUAAAAAUGGAGAAUUUCGACGAGCAUUUCAAGGAACUUUUUUCUGUUGUUUCUAUGAAAAUAUUUCCAAAACAUAUCAAUUUUCAGAGGGCGAUUUCAAAGCAUUCUGGGCUUGGCAUGAUUUGGGAUCGUUUUUGACGGCUCUUGGAAUUUUCACAGUAUUUUGGUCGGUUGUCACCUAUUUUAUGAUUAACGUGAGUUUCAUUGCAUUUUAUUUUUUUUUUUGAAAAAAAUGAAUCUAUUUUUCAGAACUCGUAUUAUGUGGAGGGAAUUGGAUUGGUUGCAUUAUUAACUGAAGCAACUCUUGGUUUACCACAAUUAGUUCGAAAUUUCCAAAGAAAAUCAACGACUGGAAUGAGGUAAGGGAAUUUUUAGAGAUUUGUAGAUUUUGGGCUGAGGAAAAAAUGUAGAAUUAAAAUUUUAAUAUGAGUUAGGACGUGGAAAAGUUUUGGGGAUUUUUAGGAAAUUCUGAAUGUUUUGAAACCCAAAAUCGGAUUUGUCAUGAAAUCUGAUUAAUUUAGACAUCCAACAUGACAUAGUUUGAGGAAAAUGUCCGUUUUUGGCCUAAAAUAAAAUGAAGCAUAGACUAGACUCUAAGCCAGAUCCCCUGAAUGCUUCCAGACUUUUUAGUAACCUCUAUUUGAAGCUGUUCAAAAUUGGCCACGCUUCAGAAAGUUUCUCGUUAGAAAUCUAGAACUAAAAAAUUCUCAUCAAAAAAGAAAAAUGGCUGAAAUGUUCGUAGAACAUGCUCAAUAAAAAACUUAAUGGUAAUUCGAAUUUCUAAUUCGAAAUUGGUCUUCAAGAAAAAACAAAACUUUUUGUUUUUCUCUUUUCUGAUCGCUUUUUAUUUUUGUUUUCUUGCAAAAAAGACAAAAAAAGUUGAUUGGGAUUCGGAAAGAAAAGGAAAAAGUUGGAUGUGUUUUUUUUUAAAUAAAAAUGAAUUUAUAUAUUUACAUAGUUUUGAAUUACGUUAAAUGUUUUUACAGCAUACCUAUGGUUUUGGCGUGGUUGGCUGGAGAUUUGGCAAAAACUGCGUAUUUUGUGGCAAAAUCGAGUCCCAAACAGUUUUGGCUUUGUGCUAUUAUACAGGUAACUUUUAUUUUCCCAAAAUUCGGGAAAAUUUACAUUUUAGUCAAGUUUAGAGUCUUGCUGAGCCUAAAAGUUUAAAAAAAUUCAAAAUCUUAUUUUUCGAAUGUACUCAAAAUUUAAAUUUUUCGCAAACUUCAUUGAAAAAACCCCCUCAAUUUUUGUUCAUUUUCCAGAUCACAAUUGAUUGUUUAAUCCUGGGUCAAGUAUUUGCAUAUCGGAAAAAUACCAACGCCGAACUUCCAUUCUCAAACAGUGGAAGCCCGGAUGACGCUGGAGGAAUCACAAAUGAAUCGAACGUUGAAACUGAUGUUGACUAA